UUUACAACGCCUCGCUUCAACCCUUACAUCUUUUCUCACAAUUUUACAAACAUCGCUUCAGCCGUUACAUCUCUCAAUUUGUCUCACCAUAAUCUUCUCAGCCGUUACAUCUCUCAAUUUCUCUCACAAUAUGAGUUUCCAUCAAUCUUCCCACAAAUCUCAAACAAUCCGCUGUGAAAUUGAGAGAUUUAGUCUCUCUCGCUCCUUCUUAAACAAUUGGCGCAGAAUCUUCCCACAAAUCUCAAACAAUCGGCUGUGUAAUUGAGAGAUUUAGUCUCUCUCGCUCCUUCUCAAACAAUCGGUGCAACUUCAGUAUCUCAAACAAUUGGCUGUGUAAUUGGGAGAUUCAGUCUCUCUCGCUCAAUCUCAAACAAUUGGCGCAAAUUCAGUCUAUCUCUUUCAAUUUCCAUGGCACAAAUUAGGGAUGUGCUUCAUCCAUGGCUGCAACAAAUUUGGGAGGUGCUUCAUCCAUGGCUGCACCCCACACUACAGAUCCAUGAUUCAAGGCUAUUCCUCUACAAGUGGGCUUUAGAAAUUGCAGAGAGAGGGAAAAGUUGCAGGUCAUUCUUCGUCCUUGGAGCAAGAACGGGGUGCAUGGGUAUUGAGACCAAGAAAAUCCAAGAGAGUGUCAAUAGUACAUUUUAUAGGUGGCGUAUUAGCGGGUGCUGCUCCACAGCUUACUUACCGCAUGUUCCUGGAACGUCUUGCGGAUAAGUAAGUCGUUUAACUGGCAAAAUAUAAUUGAUUGUUUCAUUUGAUUAGCAAUUCAUGUAUUAGUUUUCAUGACAUAUAUUUGUGAAGUAUCAUAAUCAAACAAGUUUUGCUAUUGAUUAGAAUUGUCUUAAGAGCAGUAUGCCUAUUCACUCCAAAACUAAACAACAUAUAUAUGAUCUCCAAAGUUUGAAUUUUUUAUGCUAUAUGAUCGUCUGUCUUGCCUCUUUGACAUGGUUCAUCAUAUGUUGCUAAAGCAUAUAAAAUUUAAGUCUGAAACUGCGAUUAUAUUAAAUUCUUAUCCAUUUUGCUUCUGCAUGUAUCUUCUCCUAAAGACCUUAUAUAGAAUUUGAGUUUGAAAUUGAGACUAUAUUAAAUUCUUCUCUAUUUUGCUUUUGUAUGUAUCUUCUCCAUCCCAUAAUAGAUUCUCUAGGGAGUGGGGGAGGGAGGACAUAUUAGAAUACUAUUCAUUUGAUUGUAAAUAAAAUGGAUUGACAUUUCUGUUAACAGAAAGUCCUCAAGAAAGUAUUACAUAACAUGAAAAAAUAAGAGGUUGGCAAUUAAUUGGUUAUAUCUAGCUUAUAUUCCCACUCAAUUUUUUUCCCGCCAUGCUGAAACUUAUUCUUAAUGUGAAUUGUUGUUUUGACAAUCUGAGUGAUAUCCUUAAAUUCUUGGUGGACUCUUUUUAUGGAAAAAUAAUCACGAAUUGCAUGAUUAAACUAAAAAUGUCAUCCAAUAAUAUCAUAUGAAUAAAUGUCAAUACGGCAAGAUCGAUCAAACUCACAAGUCUCAACACCACCAAACAAUAAUGGAUGUAAAAGAAAUAUGAUUUGAAAUUCUAGACAAACAAGUUAGCCAAAUCUCGGGGAUGAGCUCGGAGUUUGGAGAGCUUUGGUUAUUUAUCUGAGUUGAAUUGAUUAAUCAUUCUUAAGUGUGAAUCCCACUAAUAUGAUGGAGAUCCUAUGUAGAUUGCCAUAAGUUCUACUUGGACUCUAGCAUGUAUUAAGAAAAUAAAGGAUCAGUUGAAUGUAUUAAAUGUACUCUGCAGUUGUCUUAGUCUAAUGCAUAGAAUUAUUGCCUGUUGGUUUUGGUUGGUUAUAGAACCCAAUUAUUAUAACAUAAGGAUAAUUUUUUGUCUGAUGCAUUAUCUAAGACAUCACGAUGUUCAGUUUCAGUAUGAAUUAUUCAAAAUACAUUUAUAUUUUUUUCA